AUGUCCUUUGCGUCGUAUUGGUUUCGGUUUGUGGUUUGCUGUGCGGGCUUAAGUCGCGUUUUGGCUCUGAACGCCAUUUAUGUCAACAACCAGAAGAUCGAUAAGAUCGAUUUGGAUAGGAUACAGUUGCAUAGUCCAACGAAUGUACUAACCAAGAUCGUGAAAAAGGCGGAUUUACUGACAAAGGAGAAUUUCACCAAUCCGGCGCAGUACUAUCAGUACCUGUUGGGAAGUGAUCCGGGUGGAACGGUUGAUGUGUUGUGGGGCAAAAAUAAAACUUAUUUGCCGUCGAUUUUUCGGAGAAAUACAACUACGGAAAAGCCAGUGGUGACCACUUUAGUGUACGCCGAUGAUCUCUCACCCCUUGAGAACACUUUGAAUAAUACAACUCCAUUUUACAAGGGAGACUAUUACGUCGAACAAACCACUAAAGCUACGACCACCACAAUUCGCCCGAUUAGAAGGUUGAAGAGACCUAAAACCAAGGUUGAAACCGUGAAGAAUCGAACCAAACUUACCAAGGAGACCCUGGAACUGCUGCGCAAGUAUUUCACCAUAAAUUGCACGUUAACUCCGGUUCACACGUCGACAACUCCGCUGCCAAGAACGACGACGACCACUCGAAAAGCCCGGACGAGUUCAAAACCGGCCAACAAAGUGAUUCGUCCUGCGAAGGUGAAGAAAUCCUCCCGUCCGGUUGAGUACGUCUACCCACCGGUCGUUAGUUCCCUCGGCGGGGUACUGGAAAGCUUCUACAACUACAUGCACGAUGCGUUCAUUUCGUCCGAGUACAUCUCGAUAGAAGAACCGGACGGAGACCGUGGGGAUCGUGUUGUGGACCACCCCGGCAAGAGCGGUAGCAAAAAGACGAAACGUGAUUCGAGGAACUCAGGACUGGGGGUUACACCUAGCGGUGCGGUGGUUUCAACGAUGAAACUGUACGAUCAGGGGACUUCGAAGCGGGUUGGUUUGUCGGAUGAGGCGACGACUAAGAAUAAGCUGACGACCAACAUUCAUGUGACUAGCGAGUAUACACCGGCUACGCCGGCGACUAUUCCGUUUCUGCCGGAACAAGCGGCAGCGCUGACCGGUGACAAAGAGAAAAGUAGCGAGGAGAGUGAAUCUGAAGAAGCUGGGGAGGACGGUGAUUACUACGGGGGGUUUGCCAAUACCAGUUACGAAGAUGAUGACGACGACGAUGAGGAAGAUGAUGAUGAUGGUAGUCCGGAAGAGGACGACAGUGAAGAAGACAGUGCAAGUGAUGAGGCAGUGGGAAAUCAGGUGGCACUUAGUGGACACGACAAGGAUUACGAUUAUGGUGAUAGAAACGAUAAGAUCAUGAGUUCGGUGAAGGUAAAGCGGCACAAGAAAAAGCCGGUCAGUGUGGAAGACUACAGCGAGGAAGAGGAUUACGAUGAGGAAGAUAGUGAGGAAGAACCGGACGAUGGGGGGAGCUUCUUUUCGAGUAUGUUUUCGUCACUGGGACGAUUCGUUAGAUCGUUGGGGUUUCGACCGCGCACACCGGUCGAGUAUGACGAUUAUGACGAAACGCGAAGCACAACACCGAAAAUGUUCGAUCUUCUGAAGCGACCAACUCGCAGCACCGACCAGCAGGAUGCUCAGACCCAGAUCGAACGAAUUGCGGACUCCACCGAGAAACAACAGCCGUGGUUCCACUACCCAUCGUACAUGUUCAACGAAAUCCAGGAACCGGAGCUGGAUAAUCAAAUCACAAACGCUGAUCAGGUUGCUGUCACCGAGGAGAAUUCAAACGAUUGGUUUCAGUUCCUGAUGCCGUGGGACUUUUUCAACCCAUGGUCCUCGUGGGACUCAGCCGGUGACUCGAUUCAAUCCGAACAAACGACGGUGGCGACAACGAUGCCUCCCCCAGUUACAACUACGACUCCGCCGGAGUCUGGCUGGUUCCCGAACCUGUUCGGAGGGGGGGCUUCUACAGAAUCGCCUUCCAGGCCCACAACCCAGAAACCUUUGAUUCCAUUCCUACCCGCAACGGAUCCACUGCAAAAACCGGAAACUUGGUUCAGCGUUAUCGCUCAGCACGUCUUCACGACCACCCGGGCCCCAAAAACGACCCGGGCUCCAUCGACGACGCAUCUCGGCAAGCCAACGAAAAUUUACUACAGCGGCUACCAGCUGUGGCGCGUUUUUCCACGUUCUUCGGAAAACAUUCGCUCGCUGGAGGAGUACCGCGUUUCACCGGAAGGCGUCAAGCUACAGUGGUGGAAGGGUCCGAGCUUACGGGGGGCAAACGAUAUUCUGGUUCCUCCGCAAAUGCUCGAACGGAUGGCUGCCUAUUUGCAGGAUGAAGACAUCGCGCGGGAAGUGGUGAUGCGGGAUAUGGGUCAGGCGAUUCUGUACGAGAAUCCUAAGAUGACCCGAAGGGAGCAGAUUGAGAAUGAAGUUUUGCACGGUCAUCCGCUGACUUGGUAUCGGUAUCAUCGGUAUGGGGAUAUUGUGAAGUUCCUGAACUAUCUGGGACGGAGGUUUCCGCGAAAUGUUGAACUGAUUCAUGUUGGACGGAGUUAUGAGGCGCGACCACUGACCGUCGUGAGGGUGAGGUUCGAUGGGAAGCGGUCGAGCAGUGGAAAGGUGAGCAACUCAAAGUUCAUGAAGGGUUCGAAGCUUCGCUUCGCAGCCAGCAAGAAGAAAAAGGGUCAACGUGGUGCGGUGUUCAUCGAAGCAGGAGCACACGGACAGCAGUGGAUCGGUCCGAGUGUCGCUACUUGGAUACUGGAUGCGCUGACGAAGGCGAUUGCUAAUAAUGAUACAGAGUUGGAGAACAUGAAGUCGCUGGAUUGGUACAUCUUUCCGGUUAUGAACCCAGACGGCUACGAAUACAGUCAUGAGUUUGAUCGAAUGUGGCGAAAAACUCGAUCCAAACAUAUAGAAACCCAAAGCUCGGGAAUUCUGUCUUCGGCACUCAACUGGUUGCAAUCGCAGAGCUCGCUGACCGUCGACUCGGAUCAAUCCUGCUACGGAGUGGAUCUGGACCGCAACUGGGAUCACCGAUGGAACGAAGAAGGCGCCUCGCGCUCGGCCUGCAGUGAGUACUACUCUGGCCACAGAGCCUUUUCCGAACCGGAAGCCCGAGCGUUGAGCAAAUUUUUGCUCAACGGUCGACGGAACAUUCAGAUCUACGCGUCACUGCAGUCGUACGGACAGACGGUCAGCUAUCCGGACGAAAAGCGGCCACUGGUCGAUGGCGAACGGUUCAGCGACGUGCACGAAAUGGCCGCCGUCGGUGUGGAGGCUUUACGUGGUUCCGGUAGUGACAGUUCCUACCGAGUGACGCCGGAAAGUGAAAUGUUUCAUCCGAGAUCGGGAACGUCGGCACAGUUCGCCAGGUAUGAGGCUGGAAUCAAAUACAGUUACACGAUCGAAUUGCCCGAUACGGGAACCCAUGGGUUCUUGCUUCCUCCUUCCAGCAUUGAAAGCACUGCUAGGGACACGCUAGAGAUACUCAAAGGAAUGAUAGAUUAUAUUUAG